UCUCAAUGAUCUCAACCGGAGAGUCAACAUCACCCUCGGCCCAGCCACAGAACAGCACAGCUAUAGCUCUCAACGCUCUCUUUGUUUGGCGGGAUGUAUGUGCAUACCAUACUGCUAAAUUGUCAAGAUGGCAGAUAGCGACAAUAUGAAGGGUUCAAAGCCCUCGUCUGCUCCACAGUCGCUUCCUCCGCGCCAUUAUCCCUUCUGGUUCGGCGGUUCUGCAUCGUGCAUGGCGACCGCAACGACGCAUCCCUUGGAUCUUUUGAAGGUAUAUCACCUCCUCGAGAUCUUUCUGUAGCCGAAGUGAAGAAGAUCAGCUCUAAACAAUGAUAUCCCCGUCAUAGGUCCGCCUCCAGACCCGAAAACCAGGAGACCCUGCUGGAAUGCUGAGGACUGCCUCUCAUAUCGUCAAGAAUAAUGGGGUCCUGGGUCUAUACAAUGGUCUCUCAGCCUCUCUCCUCCGCGCAAUAACAUACUCAACCACCCGGUUCGGAGUCUACGAGGAGCUUAAAUCACAUUUCACCUCCGCCGAAUCUUCCCCUUCCCUACUCACCCUUGUCCUCAUGGCUUCAGCCGCAGGCUUAGCAGGCGGGCUGGUCGGUAACCCUGCCGACGUCCUCAACGUCCGCAUGCAAUCCGACGCAGCCUUGCCCCCAGCCCAGAGAAGGAACUACAGACACGCCUUGCACGGAUUGAUGCAGAUGGUCCGUUCGGAGGGCCCGUCCAGUCUAUUCCGCGGCCUGUGGCCGAAUUCAGCCCGCGCAAUCCUUAUGAACGCUUCCCAGCUGUCCACGUACGAUACUUUCAAGGGAAUAUGCAUCAAGCACUUUGGUAUGUCGGAUAACAUCAACACGCACUUCACAGCUUCGCUCAUGGCCGGGUUCAUGGCGACGACGAUAUGCAGUCCCGUCGAUGUGAUAAAGACGAGGAUAAUGACGGCGAACCCUGCGGAGUCGAAGGGGCACGGCAUCGUCGGCCUGUUGAAGGAGGUGAUUAGGAAAGAAGGGUUUUCGUGGAUGUUCCGGGGCUGGACACCUAGUUUUAUCCGCCUGGCGCCGCAGACUAUCGCUACGUUCCUGUUUUUGGAAGAGCAUAAGAAAAUAUACCGAGCUUUGAACCCGCGUAUUGAGGAUUCUCUCAUCUAACGCCUGAACGAAAAAGGGGCAGAGAAAAAAGACAAGGAACAAAAAACCUACCAUACACGAGAUAUAUUCGUAAUCCUUGAUCAGGAAUUGGGUCAGGUUAUCUGGAUAAAAGGCAAUCCCUCGCUACGCCCUCCUUCCACAUUCGCACUUCCAGACAUAUAUCUCCCAUCUUCCAAUGCCAUAUCUCGAUGUUAACUUCUUCUACUUAAAAAACCUUGGAUUCUCCGACAAUGCGGAUCCCCCAGCGAUUAUGUUUCUCUAUUUAAGAAGCAAACACGAACCGCAAUCUAUUUAACCUUGUUCUUAAUUUUCCUCGCUCAUGAUAUCUCACAAACAGUCCAACUACUACUACCGCUUUCACAGCUAGAGCUACAGUAUUCUUUGUUUUCUACUUUCCUUUGGGCGAACCUAUAGACCUAUAGAGUCGGAUAGAGAUCGUGGCGUUUCAAAAAUAAUUGCUUCUUCUACUACAUUGAGGCCCUUUUGCCCUGUUUUUCUCUUUUACAUGUACAAUAGUAAUAAUGUAGAUCAACACCUUCCUUCCCCCUUCCCCUGCUCCUUUUGCAUAUAUAUAUAUAUGUCCACAGAAACAUUCACUGUCCCUUCGAAUAUAGUGUGUUUAGAUUCAUUUCUUAUUUUCCCAAUUGCGACCAUUGAAAAAUCCGGAUUCUAGGAAAAAGGGAUUAUGGAGAGAGAUGAAGGCUGUUUGACUAAUUACAUCGGAAACAGAAAUGUAGAAAAAAAGCAACAAAGCUAUAUGAACUACAGAUCCUAUCACAGCUCGCACUCAUUCUGCUUCCUUGACUCACGCCCUUCUUUUUGAGAGAGAAAAAUAAAAUUACAUGCAUGCCACUCCCACAAAAGUAAUUAUCAUGUCAAGGACGGGAGAAGAGGAAUGAACAAAGUUGAGAUAUAAGAAAUCAUAAGAACAAACACCCCAAAUUUCAACCUUCAAAAAACAUCAUGCCAAUCAAUACAGUGAAAGGUGCUGCUU